AUGUCAUCUUUAUAUGGAAGUCAGAACUGGCCAGAACUUCUCCCACCGCAAUCUGCACAGCCACGCCCAUCAUUAUGCGGAGGCCCAAGCAGUGAUGGCUUGCAACCUUCUUCUCAGCCAGAACCGCCAAGGAGUUCUCUUUUUGGAGGUCCCAUAGAGCAAGAUGUCCCUCUAGAGCCUUUUUCUGAGGAUCCCAUGGAUGAGGAACCAGACCGAAACGAAAAUGAAUUUGAUACCUUAAUGCGAGAACAGCCCUUGGCGUUCCCGGAUGACUCUGAUGACGAAAGCUAUCAGGAAAAUAAUCGUGGCAGAAGUCGCACACGCUCAAAAAGGAAGCAGAAACCUCAACAUGAGCCAAUUUACUAUGUAGUUGACCGAGGUCUUGACCUGCCACCUGGGGUUGAGCGUCCCAAUCUGUUUGAUGGACACGCCACUUCGUGGAGGAACUACAAUGCCGACGAUAUCGGAGCCUAUAAUGCAAUGAUUACCCAUCGAACCAGAGAUCUGGCCGCUCACCUUUACAAUGCCCACAUGAUUCGCAGGCGAGCGUGGGAUAUUGCCCGGAAGAGCCAUGGGGUUGUUGACAAAGCGCCACUCCGUGUACACAAGUGGUGGGCUGCAUGGCCUGUUCAUGCAGCCACGGUUCCCCGCCCCAAUGAGGUCAUCCAGAGGACAAUGGACGCCCCUGAUAAUUUCCAAAUGCAACCUGAUCCCCGACCCAGUGCGGAAUUGGAAGAAUGUAUCACAGCGUUCAUACUGAAGACCUCCAAGGAGACCUUCCAAGCGCGAGAGUGGACUUUUGAAGAAAUCGAAGAUAACUCUCGGGAUAAGAUGGACGACGAGGAUGAACUGAUGGAUGAUGAACUGGGGAAAAAGGAAGAGGACGAAGAAGAAGAAGCGCCUGUCGAUACAAGAAUCCUCCGACCGACAGUUCUACUCGAUGAUGACAGGUCCCUUCGCCAAUUACGCCCGCUGGCCCGCAAUGUCAUCUCGCAGGUAGACCGGCUGCUAUACGGACUUCAUUGCGCCAUGAAAGGUCGCAAGUUCGAGGAAGACUCGGGUGACGAGCAAUGGAGUGAUUCGGACAGAGAAGACUACCCCGUUCGAGAGAGCCGCCAGCGCGGAAGCAGAAGUCGAUCGCGUGGUCGGAGAAGUGCGCGACAGGAGUCUCGGGAGCGGGAAUUAUCACGCCGUUCCAACAGUGUACGCAUAUCCACUGGACUGGACACGGAAAAUGAAAGCUUGCCAGAAGUGUCCCAGACCCGAGCGCAAUCUCGUGGCUCCUCCGCUAGUCGCGAUAACAGUCGACACACGAAGGGCCGACUCAAAUUGCGAGACUGGAGCGAGAUUAUGGGACUGGCAUCAAUGAUGGGACUCCCCGCUCCCGCAGUAAUGCGCGCGUCAAAGCGGUGCGCGGAUCUUUUCGGCGAGGACAUGGAAUUCCGAAUAAUGCCUGAAGGCGGGGUAAGGAAAAAGCGCAAGGCAGAUGCUCGAGAAGAAUAUGUCUACACCGAAAGCGAGGGCGAUAAUGACUCGGCGCCACCAAGUCCUCGGCCAAGCCCUGUGCCAGUCCCCCAGCCGAGUCGCAGGCCCGAACCCAUACCUGAACUCGAACCCAAACCCAAAGCGAAUAUACCCAAACCCAAGGCAAAGACGCCCAAAGCCAAGGAGAAGAUACCUAAAUCCAAGGCGAGGGCCGCAAGCCAGCGACGCUCGAAGUACAUAACUCCUGCAAUCGUACCUCCCUCCGCAUCCCCGACUCCAGAGCCGGAGACGCCGGCAGAACCUGCAGAACCUCCUGCUGAGGACGCAGAGCAAGCCGUCGAUCAGGAGGCAAGGACGGUUAAACCAGGCGUUGGAAAGGGUGCUCAUCGGAAAGCGGAUAUUCUCUGUCCUGUCAGGUCUUGCACUCGACAUACGAAUGGAUUUUCACGAAAAUGGAACCUCAACCAACAUUUGAAAAAGGCUCAUGGUAUACAUGUUGCUCCUGGCAAUGAAGCCUCGAUUGAACGGGAUGAUCCGGUUAUCAUGAUCGAAUAG